UUUUUGGCCUCUCCAGGCCACUGUACAUUACAUUACAUUAUUACAGCGACUUACAUUGAACAGGGACAGUCUUCCUGGAGCAACUCAGGGUUAAGUACCUUGCUCAGGGGUACAAUGGUGGCAGCAUUGAACUCCCGACCUUCUAGUGUUCUGUUUGGAAGGUGUACCACUAGACCACUAGGCCAUCACCACCAUAAUGACACGUAAAAACGUGCACACACAAACACACACUCGUAUUUUUUUAUCACGGCCCGGACAGGCGCGCUAUUUUGUGAAAGAAAACUUACAGAGACGUCCCAUAGUGGUCGUUAGCGGACAUGGCCGCGCUGUUGUGUGGAUGUUGAUGCACAUCUAUUUGCGCAUGCGUUAACCAAAGCCCGGCCAGGGGGGGGCCUAGUUUUUGCAGUUUGCUACAGAAACAAAUAACUUCAAGCAUCGCACUGAACUCCCCCGGGUCCUUAGAAACACACAUGCCAAGCGUGAAGUAGAUCGGUAGAGAGAAAAUCGAAACACACACACACACACACACACACACACACACACACACAGAGGUCUGUCAUUAUAGUAGCCUUUGAUAAUCACAAGCCACUUAAACAGGCUGGAUAAUAUUGAAAUAAAUAAUGAGGGAGGUGUGAAGGCCUAUGGACUGGUGCUGUCACACCACCCUGCAUGUAAACCGCUCAGCAUGAAGCACAACACAACGCGGGUUUUCCCCAUUCAUGAAGCCAACACUGACUCAUCCCUGAAAGUGCUUUUGGUCAUUCGGCCACAUUUUACAACUCUCAUGUUGCGUGAUGCCUCCGCUGUUCCUAAAAUAACCAGGCAACAUCAGAUCACCCCCCUCCCCCUACCCAUCCCCAUCCCUCAACCCCGCCACAUGGUUACAGUUAAGUACAUAAAUCAGGCGCCACCGCUGGUGUGAGAGCAGUAGAGGAAGACAGGAGGCACACAUGCACUUCACACCGCCGCGGCUCGUCGCUGCUACUGCAGCCGGUGCAGCGAAUGAGACUCGCGGCUUUUCUCCAUCACACGGAGGCGGAAUGGCUUGAGAUCAGAACACAAGGACUCGUCUCGAUCGGCUGAUGCGCGAUGGUUUUCUGCCAGUCUGCCUGUCUGUGUGUAUCCGACCGUCUUGCAGCGAAUUGCUGCAGUGCUGUUUUUCCAGGUGUUGUGGUGUGUGUGUGUGAGUGUGUGAGUGAGUGAGUGAGUGAACGUGUGUGCAUGGUGGUGUAGCCUGGUGUAAUUCUCUUACGAAUUGGACUAAGCCGGGGAACGGAGUCUGAUGUCACAUGUGCUUCAUCGGAGGAGACGGGGCAUCUGCAAGCUGGAUUUUGUGGAGGAUGCUGCGGCAAGUGAUACACAGAGGGCUCAAGGCUUCGUUCUACUGGCUGGGCUUAUUCGUUAGCAGGCACCCCGUUUUCUUCCUCACUGUCCCCGCGGUCCUCACCAUCAUUUUCGGAUCUACCGUGCUGAGCCGAUUCAAGCCGGAGACGGACCUGGAGGUGCUGGUCGCCCCUACUCACAGCCUGGCCAAGAUCGAGCGGAGUCUCGCCAACAGCCUGUUUCCCAUCGACCAGUCGAAGCACAAGCUGUACUCGGAUUUGCACACCCCGGGCAGAUAUGGCAGGCUGAUCCUGCUGGCUAAGUCCGGGGGGAACAUCCUGGAGCUGGCCGACCAGGUCCUGCAGGUCCACAAGCAGGUGUUGGAUUUGCGCGAUGGCCGUGUGUCCUUCAUCGGCCACCAGCUGGGCGGUGUGUCCUUUUCGGCCAACAGUCGCGACCAGCAAGUCAAGUUUGCACGCGCCGUCCAGAUCACCUACUACCUCCGCAACCAUGGACCCGUGGUGCAGGAUGCCAUCGCCGAACGCUGGGAGAACGAGUUCUGCGCCCUGGCUAGCCGGCUGUCCACGGCCGAGGCGCCCCACGCGCCCGACCAGCUCCACAUUCAGUCGCUCACCUCCUUCAGCCUGUGGAGGGACUUCCACCAGACGGGCGUGCUGGCCAAGGGGGAGGUGCUGGUCAGCCUGGUGCUGGUGCUCCUGGCCGCCACCAUCUCCAGCUCUAUGCGGGACUGCCUAAGGGGGAAGCCGUUCCUUGGCCUGCUGGGAGUGCUGACCAUCUGCAUCGCCAACGUGACGGCCGCAGGAAUCUUCUUUAUAUCGGACGGGAAGUUCAACUCUACGCUGCUGGGGAUCCCAUUCUUCGCUAUGGGCCAUGGAACCAAAGGGGUGUUCGAGCUGCUGGCAGGCUGGAGGAGAACAAGGGAAAACCUCCCCUUCAAGGAGCGUGUGGCGGAUGCUUUUGCUGAUGUAAUGGUGUGCUACACCAUGACCAGCUCCCUCUACAUCAUCACCUUUGGCAUGGGAGCUAGCCCUUUUACUAACAUUGAGUCAGUGAAAAUUUUCUGCCAAAGCAUGUGCGUUGCCAUCCUGGUCAACUACUUCUAUGUUUUCUCUUUCUAUGGCUCCUGCCUGGUGUUUGCUGGACAGCUGGAGCAGAAUCGCUACCACAGUGUUUUCUGUUGUAAAAUCCCCUCAGUGGAGUACCUGGACCGCCAGCCGACAUGGUUUAAAACCAUGAUGAGUGAUGGCCAUGACUUGUCCACACACCACGACAGCGUCCCCUACCAGAAUCACUUCAUCCAGCACUUCCUACGUGAGCACUACACAGAAUGGAUUACCAACACCUAUGUCAAACCCUUUGUGGUCAUUCUAUAUCUCAUAUACGCCUCUUUCUCAUUCAUGGGAUGUUUACAAAUCAGUGAUGGAUCAAAUAUCGUGAACCUGCUGGCUAGUAACUCUCCGAGUGUUUCGUAUGCCCUGACCCAGCAGAAAUACUUCAGUAACUACAGUCCUGUGAUUGGGUUUUACAUUUACGAGCCCAUUGAGUACUGGAACUCCACGGUGCAGGAGCACCUGAAGACCUUGAGUCAUGGCUUCAACAAGAUCUCUUGGAUAGACAACUUUUUCCACUACCUGCGGGUCGUGAACGUGAGUGCAUCAACCAAGAACGACUUCAUCACCAUUCUCAAGGGCUCCUUUCUGCGCAGCCCAGAGUACCAGCACUUCUCUGAGGACAUCAUAUUCACCAAGAACCGUGAGACUGAUGAGUACGACAUUAUCGCCUCACGGAUGUACUUGGUGGCUCGGACGACAGAAAAGAAGCGAGAAGAGGUGGUUGAGCUUCUGGAAAAGCUUCGUCCGUUGAUGCUGAUCAAUAGCAUCAAGUUCAUUGCCUUCAAUCCUACGUUUGUGUUCAUGGACCGCUACAGCUCCUCUGUCAUCUCGCCCAUCCUGACCUCAGGCUUCAGCGUACUCACAAUCCUCAUCCUCACUUUCUUCCUGGUCAUCAACCCCUUGGGGAACUUCUGGCUCAUCCUCACAGUAACGUCCGUUGAGCUGGGCGUUUUGGGUUUGAUGACCCUCUGGAACGUUGGCAUGGACAGCAUCUCAAUCCUGUGCCUUAUUUAUACCCUUAACUUCGCCAUGGAUCACUGUGUACCACACCUGUACACUUUUGUGCUAGCCAGUGAGCACACUAGGACGCAGUGCAUCAAGUCGGCACUGGAGGAGCACGGGGCGGCCAUCCUGCAGAACACAUCCUGCUUUGUGAUCGGGAUCAUGCCCUUGGUGUUUGUGCCUUCCAAUCUGACCUACACACUGUUCAAGUGCUCCCUCCUCACCGCGGGCUGCACCGUGCUGCACUGCUUCAUCAUCCUGCCCGUCUUCCUGACCUUCUUCCCACCGUCCAAAAAGAGACAUAAGAAAAAGAAAAGGGCCAAGCGUAAAGAGCGGGAGAGGGAGCGGGAGCGGGAGAGGGACAGGGAAAGGGAGGAGAUAGAGUGCAUUGAAGUCAGGGAAAAUCCUGAUCAUGUGACAAAUGUCUGA